UGGCAUUGCGAGCGGUCUGUUUCUAGGUGUCUAGCAACAGCUAUCCGCUCAGACAGCCGGCGGCAACGGGAGCGGUAUUUCUCGGUGUGUCUUCCUACGAUUAUUCGCUGCCGGGUAUUCAUAAUUAAUAGUUGCUUUGCUGAAAACGGUGAAAAAACAACCCUGACCCCUGCACAGAGAUAUGAGCGGCAGCGGGCGGCCCAGGACCAGCUCGUUUGCUGAGCCGCCAGGUGUUCCAGGAGCCGCCGCUGCGUCCACCGGAUCAGCCGCUGCCGUGGGGAGCAGUACAGGAAAGUCCGGGGUCCCGCAGGCCUCCGGCAGCAGCUCGUCAGGAUGCUCGAACCUUAAGCUUGCCAGAGACAGCGGGAAGGUGACAACAGUUGUGGCCACACCAGGUCAGGGACCCGACCGCCCGCAAGAAGUCUCCUACACUGACAUCAAGGUGAUUGGCAAUGGUUCGUUUGGUGUGGUGUACCAAGCUCGCCUCAUCGACAGCCAGGAGAUGGUGGCCAUUAAGAAGGUUCUGCAGGAUAAAAGGUUCAAGAAUCGGGAACUCCAGAUCAUGAGGAAGUUGGACCACUGCAACAUCGUCCGACUACGUUAUUUCUUUUACUCCAGUGGUGAGAAGAAAGAUGAAGUGUACCUCAACCUGGUGCUGGACUUUGUCCCUGAGACGGUCUACAGGGUUGCCAGACAUUUUAACAAGGCCAAGAGCAUCAUUCCUAUCAUUUAUGUGAAGGUCUACAUGUACCAGCUGUUUCGCAGCCUGGCUUACAUCCAUUCCCAGGGCGUCUGUCACAGAGACAUCAAGCCUCAGAACCUGCUCGUCGACCCAGAAACUGCCAUCCUGAAGCUGUGUGACUUCGGCAGCGCCAAGCAGCUGGUCCGCGGUGAACCCAACGUGUCGUAUAUCUGCUCUCGGUAUUAUCGCGCCCCCGAGCUCAUUUUUGGUGCCACCGACUACACGGCAAACAUCGACAUCUGGUCAGCUGGCUGCGUUCUGGCAGAGCUGCUGCUCGGACAACCAAUAUUCCCCGGUGACAGCGGAGUGGACCAGCUGGUAGAGAUUAUCAAGGUUUUAGGAACACCAACAAGGGAACAAAUUCGAGAGAUGAAUCCCAACUACACAGAAUUCAAGUUCCCACAGAUCAAAGCGCAUCCAUGGACCAAGGUGUUUAAACCUCGCACCCCUCCAGAGGCCAUCGCUCUCUGCUCUCGGCUGCUGGAGUACACACCGGCCUCCCGUCUUUCCCCCCUAGAGGCCUGUUCACAUGCCUUCUUUGACGAGCUGCGCCAGCCGAACACACGACUGCCCAGCGGCCGAGAACUGCCGAUGCUCUUCAACUUCAGCACCACAGAGCUGUCAAUCCAGCCUCAGCUGAACUCAACCCUCAUUCCUCCUCACGCUCGCUCACACACAGCUGCUUCCGCCCACGAUGGUACCGGUUCAGACUCAUCUCAGCACAGUUCAGUACCAGGAUCUCUAAACAGCAUCUGAAGCAGCUUCUCACCUGCCUGCCUGCAAGCUUCACCCUCUCCUCAGACACAUACGCACACACACUCUCUCUGUGCAACUUUCCUUCGUGCUGCUUGCUCUCCUCGUAGAUGAUCUGUUUCUGUACAGUGAAUGCAUUGAACAAACAUUAGUUCUGUAGCUGCCAGGGUGGAAUCUACGGCAGGAAAUUGUUACACAAACACAGAUUCGUCCGCUGCUGCUCGGGUGGUUUGAGAAGGUUCAAUAGUGGGGGCUGGUCCUCUGUAAUACAACCUUUUUUAAUCAGCAUUUCUCCUUUUUUUCCUUCUUUAUUUUUGUGUUUAUUUAUUUGGCUAAUUGAAAACAUCGUGUGAUCACACAGAGAUUUUGUUGUUAAUAUUUUUUGAUUUAAAGCCCUGUUAGUAAGGGGUGGACUGCACACUGCCUGGCUGAAACUAGAUUUUGACCCGUGGAGGUCUUCAGAAUAAAGGACUUUUAUUUAACUCAGGGUUGGAGAACAGAUGUAGGUGAAUUUAUAUAUUCGCCAGCCAUGUUUCAGACGAAGUCCAGCCCAGUCCUUCAGUUAAAAUUAAACCUCCAACUCUCAUUAACUUCAUGGCAAGUAGAGGAGAAACAGCACCAGGUAGCAGUGAUCAGUGUUUGGCUUUUAAUCUGUUGCAUUUUUACAGUCUGGACUAAAACAACCAACCAUAAGCUGAUCCUGCAGAGAUUUAUUCAAUAGAAAUACAAUUUAAAAAGGCCGCUGAGCUUUACUCGGGUGUAAAUAGACCUAACAUGGAAGGAUUCUUCAUUUCCUUUUGGGUGAAUUUACACUUUCAGACAAAGUAAGCUUGAAAUGUUAUUCAUUUUAUUUUAAAUUCAUUAUCUCAGAGGCAGACAACAGGUGCAACAUCCAGCUAUUGCUGUCAAUCUUGCAGAAAUUGAGUGAGAUCCAGUGAAAUGAGACUUUCAAUAAUAGAGCUAACAAGUUAGAGGUGCAGGUAGGUGUAGGCGUUGACUGAUAUUGUUUUUUUCAGGACUGAUACUGAUAAUUAGUAAUCAAAGACAACGAUAAAUAUUUGCAGAAAAAAAUUUGAGGUGGUAAAUUGCUAAAUGAAGCUUUGUUUUACUUGUUUAAUGAAAAGAAAACUUUUAAACAUUCAUCCUUCAAUGUUCAGAGCCAAAGUAGCACCUUUUAAAGGCAUUUAUUUUGUCAGGAAUCUGUUUUAAAGAAUACAGAUAAUCGGAGAACUGCAAAAUCCUGUAUUUAACUAUCGGCUGACUUCAUUUGAAUGACUAAACAGAGGUUAGUUGUGUUUCCUUGAUGAUAAAUUUGGAGAAAACUGGCAAAUUGUACUUACUUUCAGACCAUUAAAGUGACAAAAACCAUGAAGUUCUCUUUAUUACUUUAAUCAACCAGAAAUCAGCAGAUAUUCUGUAUCAUAUCGAUGCAUUUCAGUGACUUUUUAAAAUUCGUUUACUUUCAGAAAGUCAACUCGGAUCCUUUCAACCCAUACAGAUGAAAAAAGUGCGAUUAAUGAAAUGUUUUUUUUAACCUUCAUCAGUGCUAAAGUGAGUCUAAACUGUUGAUCAGAGCAGCUGUUCAGAGAUAAAUUCUCCUAGAAUCAGCUGUUUCCUUUUAGAUUUUAAUUAAACCAAAAAUGUUUCUUGCCACUUUGAGCUUUCCAAAUCUACCUUCUAUUUAUGAUAAUCUAACACAGGUUGAGAGGAUGUAGGGCUGAACAAUGAAUCGAAUAAAAACAUGUAGAAUACACAAAGUAUGUCCACGAGACUGAUGCCGUGAUUCAGUUGUAAUUUAUUCAAGCAGAAUGAAACUUUCUAAGCUUCCCUACGUUAUCUAGCUGAUGAACAUAUUCAGGCUGUGAUUCUACCGACAUUAUUUAAAAGCUAAAUCUCGAACGUUUUGCCACACGUUUAACCCAGAGUUGAAGCUAUGAUGUUAAGAGUUUUACAGAUUUGUGCCAUCCUUUUUGUGUGACAGUUUUGAUGCUGUUUCAUGUGGUAACACUCCACCACAUUUUAAAUCUGUUACACAGUCAGUAUUGAACUGUAGCUUGACUGUUUAACUACAAAAUCCAUCAGAAAAAUCACAGUGAGAUGUAUUCUCUAAGUUGUUCAGCCCUCGUACGAUGUUGUUAAUGAUAAGGAGCAAAAGCGUCUUCAUUUAGGUCAUUAUGAUUGAUGAUUCCUCUUUAAAAUCUUUUCAUCCCACCUGUUAACAUGUUUUCAUGUAGAGGCUGGUUUGCAGAGUCUGUUUUAAUUCCAGAAUAUAAUAAAAGACUUUUUCCAGUCUCCAUGCAAAUAUUGGCAGAAUAAAAGCAAACACAAAUUGACCAAAAAAAUUAAAUUUGGAUGGAUGUUCUGUCCUGAUUUGAGCACAUUUGUAAUCCUUCAGGAGAGAAACUAGCGAACGCUCAGACAGGGAGAUUAUGUGGCUUUUAUUUAUUUAUUCAUCUCCGAAUGAGAGUUUGAGCGAGAGAGCUUCAAAAUCACGGCUUUUUUUUUUUUAGCUAAAACUGUAAAGAUAAAAUAACCUCAGUUCAUCGUAUGCAGGAGAAUAACCGUGUGAACGGACGGCUUAAUGUGAAUAGUAGCUGAACAUGAAUAUCAAGCAGGGAAAUUCCUUUAAGGUGUUUGUGUCUGUUUUGGUGUGCUUCUGUUUUCAUGAGGACUGAUUCGGAUUGAAAUGACAGUGAGGACUCUUUCAAAGAGACUUUAAAAGAUAAAGAUUGAAACAAGCCCAGAGAAUGUAUUGCUGUUUGUCAGUUUAAAGUGUGUGUGUGUGUGUGUGUCUGACCAUAUUCCAACCUGCAGUCUGAACAGCCAGUGUUUUAGGAUUAGAGCAGCCAACCGUACAGAUUUUUAGUAAGCAGUACAGACCACUUGAAAGUUUGUAGUAUAGUAUAUUUGAUACUAUUGUACCAUGCCUCCACCUGCUCUUUUUAGCUGCAGCCAUGUUUGUUUUGAACCUUACGAUUUUUUUAGAAGCAGAGAUGCUUAUUUCCUCCUUUUUUCUUUUUUUUUUUUUUUGAAAUUCCUUCACACAUUCAUUUAAUAUGAGGAGAGCGGAGAGGAUUUUUCUCUUUUUUCCUGUCAGCUGCUUCCUGGUUUCAAGCCUCCCAGUCUGGCGGUUUACUGCCCACUACAUCCGGCUUUCUUUGCCGUUGAGAGUUCAACCGGCGUGUUUGAUUACCUCCGCGGGGUUCGCGGCGUCGACGGUGUUCACACUCAGAGCUGUCGGACUGUCUGCGGCUAUGAAAAGGUGUGACCAAACCUCAAUGAGAGAAUCAAACAAAGCUGGUUUUUCUCUCCCCCCGAAGAUCUCAAAAGCCAUUUAUUUCCUCACUCUCCUUUCUCCCUCUCUUAUCGCACGUGUAAAUAUCACUGAUUUUUAUUUUUCCUCUUUUUACUUUUUAUUACAGAGUUGUUUAUAUCUUAUUUCCCUCAUCCUGUCGACAAAGCGGUCUUAGUUUGUGCAUUUUUGUAAAUAAGUUUCUUUUUUUCACAAUCCAAAAUGUAAAUACUGCAAAAGAGAAAAGGAAAAAAAAACUGCCUACUCCUCAUGUUUGUUGACGAUCUUUCUCUCUCCUUCUCUUUCUUGUAGUCCAGUGCAAACUGUAAUUUAACGAUGUUGUUACUCAGCUCCCCUCCUUUGUUCGGUCCUCCGUGGGACCAUCUGUUGAAUGAAUCUUGUGAGGGUUCUGUUCCAAAAUGAUCUCUGUUCACUGUGUUGAUAAAUAUAAUCAACUCAUAUAAGCACCCAAAAUUCAUGAAAACCUCUGAACUGUAAAGGACUGAGCCACGUCAUGGGUUUGAACCUGUCUGCGUAUCUGUUGCUGAUCUUCCAGUGUAAUUUAUCCAAAACGUCCCCUAAAAAAUUGAACCAGUAUAGAGAAGCCAAAAGCUAAGGUUUUCUUCUUUUGGUAUUUGACUUUGGUAAGAAAGAUUGUGAAUAUUCAGCUAGUUGGCUUAUUCAGCUAGUUAGCAUGUGCCAGAUUUCGCUGCACAAGCUCAGACGUGCACAGAACUUGGUUGAAUAGAGAUGUUUGAGUUGGUCCAAGCCAUACACUAUAUAAAAGAUGGACUUGAUGUCACUGUGGUGUCACCUGUUGGUGUCUUCACUGCCAUUUUGAAUCGUCAAGCUUGGAGUUUAGCUGUCUUGGUCUUUUGAAACCAGACAACACAAGUGAGUGAUGAAUUUGAGUUAGAGCUUGAGGACAUUACACACACCGAUAGUCAAUUACUAGUUAGGCUUGUCCUAAAAUAUGGCCUACUUUAAUGUGGAUUUUCCUCUAAAUGGGUCCAUAAUUUACAAAAUGAACACCAUGCUGUAAUGAAGGAGACUUAAAGGUAGCAAUUGAGACCAUAAACUCAUUAAGAAACUGUUCAUUGAAUAAAUAAAUCAAGGGAGAAGUAUAGAGUCAGACCUCUUAAUACUUGCCCCCUGUUGGCUGUUUGACAGAAUGAAAAUUUAAGCCACUUUUACACUGAUUUCACUUUUCAGACCUUCAGACUGUCUUUUGUCUGACCCACUGAGUUUUUUUGUUGUUUUUUUUUUUUUUUACCAUUUGUGGAACCAUGGCUGUGUAUAAACACUGGAUUUUUCUCAAUACGCUCACAACUUGAACAACAAGCCAAACUAAUCUAAAAAAGGCGGUUGAAUUAGAAUCGCACACUCCACCUUUAUGUAACAGUAAAAACACCACUUUUGUAAAUUGGCUUCUGUCAAAUAGGAAGCUUUUUGGUUGUUAUUAGACUUGUCUACUCGUAAUUCCAAACUUGCAUCAAUCAUCGAUCAGAAUGCAUCUCUAGUUUUAUGUUAUUGUUGUUGAUUGUCCUACAACCUUUCAUUUGUAUGAUUUGUAAGAUCCAGUUUUGUUUCUGCAAAGUACCAAGAAAGAGGACAAACUAUUCCGCUCAAUUUGAAGCCAGUCACUGGAGAUAUGUUUUAGUUAACAACAUUCUUGUAUUUUCUUAGAUUUUAUCAAAGCUGGAAAAAACAAUUUAACGCAGAGAACAACAUGAACUCUGCAGUUGUAUCACACUGUUGCCUGCAGAUGGAGCAAGAGUCAUAAUUGCAGCAACCACUGCCUUUACUGUCUGUAAAUGGCAAACAGUUACAUUUUAGCAAAUCAAAAUCUAUGCAGUGGAACCAGAGAAAUUAUCUGUUUUAUUUCACACAUUGUUGUUUCUUUUCCCAACUUGUUGCUGACAUAGCUUACAUUAUAUCACUGACAUGUCACUCAGACAUUAAGCUGAAAGUGUCCAAUGUGUUCUGGAGCUGUUAGCCUCAAAGACAGCGAAAGAAGGGCUGCUUACACUAGAUUAUUUCAAAUAUUCAAACUUAUACUCUACAGUUGGAGUUCAGAACUUUCAUCAGACCUAUCAAAACUUUCAUGAACAUUUUCUCUCACAUAUUUUCCUGAAAAUCCUGUAAAUUCAGCUGCAUCUCUUCCUGUAAAAGUAAGUUUUCUUGCCUGUAGGUGCUGCAGGUUCAACGCAGACGUUUUCACCACGUUUCUCAUUUUGGAACAGAACUCUUAAGUUUGUUGUGACGGAUUGCAAUAUAUGAUUACUGUGCAGUAUUGAGAAAAAUGUCUUAGCUACAUGUCACAUGACUGGAGUGAUCUCAACAAUGUGUAGUUGGACUAGAAAUAAUUUCACAGUGUCCAGCUAGUUCUCAACGUGGGCAUUUUUUGUAUUAUGCGCUGUAUGGCAUUCAGAAUUGCUGCUAAUGAUGGUAGAAAUGGACACUAGUGUUCUGACAGAGCUACCUAUCAGCUGUAUGUGUGUGUGCGUGAUUUAAAAAUCCUCAGUUGUGUGUCGAUAUUACCUCCCUUAUUUAACCGAUCAUGUCUUCAUAAGCUGUUUUUGCUUUUUGUUUCUGGCCUGUUAGACUGACGUGUCGCUGUGAUGGAGGGAGGAGGAGAGAGAAAGAAACACAAACCUGUCUGUCUCUGUUCUGUGUGUGUAUGAUAUGAACUCAUUUACUGUAAUAAAGUGAUGAAACUGUG